AUGGCGCAAAACGGUGUCACCCCUGGACCUCGAGAUAGGCAGCUGCAACAGUCUCUCGGGACUCUGUCUGCCGUGAUACGAAAGGCAAGUUGGAAACAGAAUACAGCGAUUGUGUCAACUUCGCGCGUGCUACUCGUCGGCGCGGGAGGCAUUGGUUGUGAGCUUUUGAAAAACCUUUUGCUAUCGGGCUUCGGCGAAAUCCACAUCAUAGACCUUGACACCAUCGACCUCUCCAAUCUUAAUCGACAGUUCCUCUUUAGGCAUGAGCAUAUCAAAAAGUCGAAAGCUUUGGUAGCCAAAGAGGCAGCCACGAAAUUUCGGCCGCAAGCAAAACUUGAAGCCUACCAUGCCAACAUCAAAGACAACCAGUUCAACGUAGAGUGGUUCGAGUCCUUCGAUAUUGUUUUCAACGCCCUGGAUAACCUUGACGCGCGCCGGCAUGUGAACCGAAUGUGCUUGGCAGCUAAUGUACCCCUGAUAGAGAGCGGCACAACUGGAUUCAAUGGCCAGGUGCAGGUAAUCAAGAAGGGACAGACUGAAUGCUAUGAUUGCACAAGUAAACCAAUUCCCAAGUCAUUUCCGGUUUGCACCAUCAGGAGCACUCCAAGCCAACCGAUUCACUGUAUCGUUUGGGCUAAAAGCUACUUAUUGCCAGAACUUUUUGGGACCUCUGAAGAUGACAUGGAAAUGGAUCACUCGGAAGAUUCUGAGAAUACCGAAGAAAUUGCGAAAUUACGACAAGAAGCCCAGGCGCUCAAGGAAAUAAGGAAUUCAACAGGCUCAUCGGAUUUUGCGAAAAAGGUUUUCGACAAGGUCUUCACUCAGGACAUCGUUAGACUUUGCGGAAUGGAAGAUAUGUGGAAAAGCCGAAAGAUCCCGGAGCCCUUGUCUUAUGAUUCCUUGGAGAACGAGGCCAGUUCAGUUGACUCAUUCAUCUCGAAAGAAGACCAAAAGACUUGGACACUGGUUGAGAACUUUGCUGUCUUUAAAGAUAGCAUCCAACGUCUAGUUAAGCGAUUGCACGAGCUCCAAGCAACUGUUUCUGAGGGACCACCUCCGAUAAUCACGUUUGACAAGGACGAUGUUGAUACACUUGAUUUUGUGGUUGCCAGCGCCAAUUUGCGGUCAGCAAUUUUCCACAUUGACUUGAAUUCAAAGUUUGAUAUCAAGCAGAUGGCGGGAAACAUUAUUCCUGCGAUUGCAACCACAAAUGCAAUGACAGCCGCACUUUGUAUCCUACAGGCAUUCAAAGUCUUGAAGGAUGACUAUGCAAACGCGAAGAUGAUAUUCUUGGAACGGUCUGGCGUUCGAGCAAUAAAUACGGAUAGUCUUAAACCACCGAACCCAGAAUGUCCAGUUUGUUCGGUCGCUCAGGGGAAGAUCUUCGUUGAUCCUAACCGAGCCACUUUAAACGAUUUGGUCGAAGGCAUUCUUCGCUUGAAGCUGGGUUAUGGUGAUGAAUUUUCGAUCAACAACCAACUUGGAACGAUCUACGACCCAGAUUUGGAAGACAACUUGUCAAAGAAACUUAGUGAUCUCGGUGUAGGCAAUGAUAGCUUUGUCACUGUCAUCGACGAAGAAGACCCCAGCCCCAAAGUUAACCUGGAACUGUUGGUCGCCGAGCGGACUGCACCGGAAGCUCAAACCCCAGUCUCACUCGAAACGGAACUUAGCAUCCCUACAAAGCCAAAAGUACCCGUAGUGGAACCUACCAAUGGCACUCAUGAGCAGAUAAAUGGAAAAAGGAAACGAACCGCAGAUGAAGCGGAGCUUGAAAAUGGCGGUCCGCAAUUGAAGAAGAUCGCAAAAACUGGCACGGGUAGCGGCGGUGACGGUCCAAUUGUCUUGGAUGAUGACACUGGUGCCAUUCUCAUCGACGACUAG